AAUGAUUAUUACCCAAGAUGAGGCAGAGGGGAAGGCCGGACCAAAGAGCCUCCGUCGCCAUCGAUCCUGACUCCUUUCAUCGGAGUAUCCACGAGAACACACGGCCUGGUGAUGCCUUCAAGUACCAGCUGGUUCUGAAAUGCGUUUUCAGAUCUUUUGUGCAGGCGACCACUGUGAAGAGACAUGAAAACUGAAAGUCAACAUGGAGCUGGAUAUUUGACAAACAUACAAAGCCGCUAGGCUUCACUUCCUGUCCUGAAACAUGCUGAUGAAUGGGAAGAUGUGUCAGAAGAGGGGAGCAGAAGAGGAAGCCGCGGUUGUCAGAGGUUCAGGUCUGAGCAGAGACAAUAGGGUCGAACUCUGACUCUCCCUGAGAACAGCAACAUGAAGCCGGUGAAAUAUAUUCUGAUUGCUCAACUCUGCUGUCUCUGUCAAGCUUUUCAAAACUCCUCCACGCCAACGGACCCAACUGACGUCCAAGUGCAAGCAGAGGGAAAUGGCACAGAAGGAAUACUGCCGGAGGAAUUCAGCAGUGACCCUUACGUCCACCUCCAUGCUGGCGGAUGCAAGUGGACCCUCAGGUUGCCCGGCAACAGGAGCAGCGACGAGGUGCCGCUCUCGUCCGACUCUGCGGACCCCCUGGCCCAACGGAUCUGCCAGGGUCUCGGCUGCGGCGGCGUCUACCACGUGGACAAAACCGGCCCCGCGGCUCCCAACGCCACCUGCUUCCACGACUGCUCGUACAAAGACCACCGACUCCAGAACUGCUCGCGGACGGCGGGAAGCGACUGCACGGUGAUCACUGAGGCGGUUUGCGGCCACCAGGCUCUGCGGCUGGUCGGCGGGCCGGACCGCUGUGCCGGACGCGUGGAGUUGUGGAGAAAUGGCAUGUGGGGAACGGUGUGCGACGACCGGUGGGACCUGAGGGACGCGGGCGUGGCGUGCGCCCAGCUCGGCUGCGGCUACGCCCUCAGCGUGACGGGACAGGGGGACGGCUCCUUCGCCCCGGGCAGAGGUCCCGUCCACCUGGACGAGCUGAACUGCACGGGCCAGGAGGGGAACCUGUGGGCCUGUCCGGCUGCGCAGGAGGAGCCCGACUGCGGACACAAAGAGGACGCCGGGGUCAUAUGCUCAGAGAUGAGAGCCAUCCGGCUGACUGGAGGUCUGGACCGCUGCUCCGGCAAACUGGAGGUCCACCGCAACGGCAGCUGGGGCACGGUGUGCGACAACUGCUGGAACGAAGGCCUGGCGUCCGUGGUGUGCUCCAUGCUGCGCUGUGGUGCCACGCCGUUAAAGGUCAGCCAGUUUGUUCCCGCGCUCGCCCACAACGGCGGGACGCUGUGGUACUACCAGUGCGGCCCGGCGGAGCGGAGUCUGUGGCAGUGCAGGGAGUUCGCCAACAGGACGCACCUGUGCGCCCACUCGAAGGCGUCCGGCGUCAUCUGCGGCGGUUCCCUCGGGUUCCUCACAGCCACCACCACAGCCAAUGCAACGGUGAUGACCAGUUGGACAACAGGUACGACCACAGCUGCUGCUGCUGCUGCAGGCGUCUUCAUCUCGGCGUCUCCGGAGCUUCUCAGCGCCGUCACCGUGUGUCUCCUGCUCCUCCUGCUGCUGAUCAUAAACACGGUGCUCUGCUGCCACUACAGGAGGAGACACGCUUUCCUAUUCCAGCAGACCCGCAGCGGCCCUCGACCUCGCUCUGGCCAUAGUGACAACGACUACCAGGGCGCCGUCGACCUCGUCAAGGUCACCGCCGCCGUCCAGCCGCAGACGGAUGUGCCCCCCAAUCCCAGGUAUCUCUGGACCCAGCUUAGUAGUGUUGACAGCACCUCAGUAGAUACAGACUAUGAGCAGUUUGACCCGAGCAAUGAACCGUCUGUCGCUUUAUCGACCUUUCGGAAUUCUCAGCGGUACAGAACCGACACGAACCCUUUGACGAGGCCUUCGGCUCUCGACAGCCUCUGUGAGGAAGUCCCUGAACCAUCGAAUAGAGAGACGGGGGCCUUUCCGGACCACAGCCGUGGCCCCCACGACGCUCAGUGCGCCAGAGUGUCGAAGAUCUCGGUGGACUCGUUCGAAACCACCAGCACCUCAUCCGGGGAAUGCUACGAGAACAUCAACAACAGCGGCCACAUCAUGGUCACUCCUGAUCCAGAACAGGGCCAGUCGUCUGCUGCCAAUGGUGCUUUGGCUCCUUUGAGGCUUCUUGACAACAAUAAUCAACUUUACUACAGACAAACGACGGACCUGAGUUCAAGUGAUGACGAUGACGGCCCCCUCUACUCCCCAGUGAGCCCUGACUGAGGGAGGAAGGGUUUGACCUUGGCGCACGGUGGGGGUCAAACGGGUUCAGUGACGAGAAGGGACUUUUGUUUUUGGUGGAAAACUGAUCUUAUGAGGGGGUUUUUGUUGAAUAUCCGGCAUCUGAUGAUCAGAUGCUUUGAUCAAAAGCACUGCAUUCAUGAUUUUAGUUGAGUCUGAAAAUCCAACCAUUUGCUUACUAAAGCAAAUAAAUAAAGGGACUAGAAAAACCCCCGAAAAGAAAUGCAUGGAUUACGUAUCUGUAAGUAAGUUUUAAGUCACUGCAAGUUAUGAUGAAGUUAAGUUAAGUCAAGGUAUGUUUAGGUGUUCUGUGAAUGUGGUAGGAGCAAUUAUGAUUAUGUUUAGAUUCUUAAUGUUUAGCUUAUCGGUUUGCAUAGCGGUUAACCAUGUAUGCACUUGUAUGUCCCUGUGGAUUCAAGUACAAUCAGACUAUUGCGUUGUUAUUAUUACAAAACAAUAAAGAAACUACACUGUCAAAA